AUGGCCCGCAGGCAGGCGCGGCGGGCGGGCGGCGGGCCGCGCUGGCUGCCCUGGCUGGGGCUCGCCCUGCUGCCGCUGGCCGUGCCGCCCGCCGCCGCCCCCGCCGCCUGCCCGUCCGCCUGCUACUGCGUGGCCACCCCGGAGCUGGUGCAGUGCCGCUACGAGCGGCUGGAGGAGCCGCCGCGGGAGCUGCCGGCCGCCGUGCAGAACCUCAGCAUCGCCGGCAGCAACCUGAGCGUCCUGUCCCGCGCCGCCUUCGCCGCCCGCCCGCUGCGCGACCUCCGCCUGCUCCGCCUGCGCCACGACAACAUCCACACCAUCGAGGACAUGGCCCUGCAGGGCCUGCCCGCCCUGCGCACCCUCGACCUCAGCCACAACCCGCUGCUCUCGGUGGCCGCCGGCGCCUUCGCCGGGGCGCCGCUGCUGCGCACGCUGCAGCUGAACCAGGCGCUGCUGGCGGCCCCGCUCGAGGAGCAGCUCGCCCUGGCCCUGCGCAACCUCAGCCUGCGGCGCCUGGAGCUGGCGGGCAACGCGCUGCAGGCGCUGCCGGCCGCCCUGCUGCCGCCCGGCCUGGAGGAGCUGGACCUGCGCAACAACUCGCUGCAGCGGCUGGCGGCCGCCGAGCUGCGCAGCCUGGACGCGCCCGAGCUGCGGGGGCUGCGCCUCAGCCUGGCCUCCAACCCGCUGAGCUGCGACUGCGGCCUGCGGCCCUUCCUGGCCUGGCUGCGCGGCGCCGCCGCCAACCGCGUGCUCGACGCGCGGAGCCUGCGCUGCGCGGGGCCGGCGGCGCUGCGGGGCACGGCGCUGCUCCGCCUGCGGCCCGAGGCGCUGGCCUGCGCCGGCGGCGAGCCCGCCGAGCUCGAGACCGCCUCCUACGUCUUCUUCGGCAUCGUGCUGGCGCUCAUCGGCGUCGUCUUCCUCAUGGUGCUCUACCUGAACCGCCGCGGCAUCAAGCGCUGGCUGCACAACCUGCGCGAGGCCUGCCGCGACCAGAUGGAGGGAUACCACUACCGCUACGAGCAGGACGCCGACCCGCGCUGCGCCGGCACGCCCGGCCUCUGA